AUGGAGCCGGGACCGCUCCACCUGCUGGGCUGGGCCGGUCCGGACAGAGCCAUUGGCCGCCCGCGCCCUCCGCCCGCCCGGCACCGCCCCGACGGGGACCGCCCCGACCGGCACGGCUCGGCCCGGGUGCGGCUCAGCACCGCCCGUCUGGGCACAGCUGAGCUCGGGCGAUGCCUGAGAGCUCACUGCUCUCCUGAUCUUCAGUUUUAUUGCUUUCUCCGUGACAUGACUGACCUGAAUAAGGAUCAGAUCAUGCUGCUGUUCAACUCACUGGACUGAAACGUGAGGGGGAGGAUUUAUAUUAAUGAGUUCUAUGUGGUGCUGUGCAUCCUCCUGUCCCACCAGAAUCAUCUCAAAAAGCAGUUCAUCCAUCAGCACAUGGGACCUGCCUUUCAACUGCUGGACAUUGGCAUGGACAAUAUGAUUAUUUUGAUUGGUUUUAAUGAGUUUGAAGCUACAAGGUUUCUCUUCAACCCCAUGAAAGAAGAACACAGGAAGGUAUUUAAGUGCUUCGAUAUUUCUGGAGAUGAGCAACUGAACUACAGGGAAUUCGAGAUAUUUGAAAUUUUCUGCAUUGACAAACAAUAA